UGCCCAAUCGACGCUGUCGGCGGCUGCACUCCUCUCUCUCCUCCGUCUGUCUGUGUGCUGUGAUCCAAGCUGAGACUCAAGAUGGCUGCAGGCAAGGCACAUAUUGGGAAGCUGGCCCCAGACUUCACAGCUAAAGCGGUGAUGCCAGACGGACAGUUCAAGGACCUGAAGCUGUCAGACUACAGAGGGAAAUAUGUCGUCUUUUUCUUCUAUCCCCUGGACUUCACCUUUGUGUGUCCAACUGAGAUCAUCGCAUUCAGCGAUGCUGCUGACGAUUUCAGGAAGAUUGGCUGUGAGGUCAUCGCCGCCUCUGUUGACUCACACUUCUCUCAUUUUGCAUGGACCAACACACCUCGUAAGCAGGGCGGUCUGGGUUCCAUGAAGAUUCCCCUGGUAUCCGACGUACGGCGCACCAUCGCCACAGAUUAUGGUGUCCUAAAGGAGGAUGAGGGCAUUGCCUACAGGGGUCUGUUCAUCAUUGACAACAAGGGAACCCUGAGACAGAUCACCAUCAACGACCUCCCAGUUGGACGCAGUGUUGAGGAGACCCUGCGCUUGGUCCAAGCCUUUCAGUACACUGACAAGCACGGAGAAGUGUGCCCAGCUGGCUGGAAACCAGGAAGUGACACCAUCAAGCCCGAUGUCCAGAAGAGUAAAGAGUUCUUCUCCAAGCAUUGAUAAGUCAAAGGCUGGAGUCUGCCGCCUGCUGUAGGAGAUUUCACUUAGAGAUUACAUUUCCAGAGAACAAUAUUAAAGUCCGCUACUGUGCCUGUGGAGCAGUGGUUAGGAGACAGUUUUUGUAGUCAACGUGCUGCGUGUGUUCUGUUGUUUGUAGAGUGAGUAGUGCACUCAUGACCAAAGUAUGUUCUAUGGCUAUUUUCACUGUUGGACUGAGCUAAAUGUUUGUUCUUCAUGUCAUUCCUUACUAUCAUCAGACAUAAAGGACCAUACAAGUGUUUUUGUUGGAAUGAAGCCACACACACCCCUUUCUGUUAUCAUGAUGUUUUUAUUUUUUUUUACAGUGAACAACACAUAUUCUCAAAGUCAAAAUAAAGAAUAAAAGUUUAUAACACUC